AUGCAGAACGAAAAGCUGAAACUAAAACCAGGAAAACUCAUUCUCGAUAUUCUCUUACUCAACUGUAUAGGAUGGCCGAUAUAUUUCCUCAAUGAAUGGAGUGAGCCUUUCAAACGUGGGUUCUUCUGCGAAGAUACUAGCUUACAGUUUCCCCUGGUAGAAUCAAGCACCAUUCCAGGCUGGGCGGUAUAUUAUUUGGCAGGAAUAGGUGGAGUCUGCGGGAUAAUAACAAUAACAGAGUUUCUGGCCAGACCAAGAGGCAAACAGGACUAUAGCCUUUUGUGCUUGAGGAUACCCAAUUGGAUAUACAACUUGUACUGUGUCAUCGGGGUUUAUGCAUACGGAGCUGUUUUCACCAGACUGACAGUGAAUGUGUUGAAGUUAUCAGGGAUACUGCGACCAACAUUUCUAACUCUCUGCAAGCCAGAUGUUUGCAAGGGACAGUUCCCUCCUUUCCAAUACCAUGAAGAGUACACCUGUACCGAUUUGAAUUACCAAUACAGGAAAUCGUGGAGGUUCUCAUUUCCUUCUGGCCAUUCCACAAUUUCCAUGUAUAUGAUGAUAUUUCUUGCCUUGUAUUUACAGAAACGUGUGAGUUGGAGCGGCUCGAAAUUGUUGAAACAUUUUCUGCAAUCCGUAGCUCUUCUUUUCUCCCUUUUCGUGGGGGUCACUAGAGUGGGAACUUACAAACAUCAUGGGAGCGAUGUUAUUUGUGGUUGGAUAAUUGGAGGUGUGAUAGCAUUGCACUUCAGCUCAUGCAAACAGUUGGGAAGCUGUUUAAAUCUGAUUCAGAUCUGUUCUAAUGAUGUUUUAUCACCGAUUGAAACUUUCUCCAAUGCUGAUGCUCAAACAUUGACAAGAACUGUUCAGACCUGA